GUUAAAAAUUGUAAAUCUAGGAGUUUACUUCCCCUUGUUUCUGAUUCUGCCCCCCUUUUUUAAAAUUUCCAUUGUUUUUGUUCCAAAGAGGAUCCCGUGAAGCCAUUUGGACUCUUCCACUAUUUUUCAUUUUACAGGAGGACAGUGAGGUGCGUCUCCGGGGAAGGUCAUGGAGGAGAGUUUCGGGGGGGCGUCGCUGCCGUCGGGGCCGGACGCCAAGAAGCGGCGGGUCACAUACUUCUACGAUCCGUCGAUCGGCGACUGCUACUACGGGCAAGGCCAUCCCAUGAAGCCCCACCGCAUCCGAAUGGCUCACAACCUCAUCGUCCACUACUCCCUCCACCGCCGCAUGGAGAUCAACCGCCCCUUCCCCGCCGCCCCCGCCGACAUCCGCCGCUUCCACUCCGACGACUACGUCGACUUCCUCUCCUCCGUCACCCCCGACACCCUCCACGACCACACCCACGCCCGCCACCUCAAGCGCUUCAACGUCGGCGAGGACUGCCCCGUCUUCGACGGCCUCUUCCCCUUCUGCCAGGCCUCCGCCGGGGGCUCCAUCGGCGCCGCCGUCAAGCUCAACCGCCGCGACGCUGACAUUGCCCUUAAUUGGGCCGGUGGCUUGCACCAUGCCAAGAAAUCUGAGGCCUCUGGAUUCUGUUAUGUCAAUGACAUUGUUCUGGGUAUUCUUGAGCUCCUCAAAGUCCACAGGCGUGUACUGUAUGUAGAUAUUGAUGUCCAUCAUGGAGAUGGUGUUGAGGAGGCCUUUUAUACCACAGACAGAGUUAUGACUGUGUCUUUCCACAAAUUUGGGGAUUUCUUUCCUGGGACUGGGCACAUCAAAGACAUUGGGGCAGCUCAAGGAAAGUACUAUGCACUAAAUGUCCCCCUAAAUGAUGGAAUGGAUGAUGAGAGUUUCCGUGGUCUAUUUCGACCCAUCAUACAAAAAGUCAUGGAGGUUUAUCAGCCUGAUGCUGCAGUUCUCCAAUGUGGAGCAGAUUCAUUGUCUGGUGACAGGUUGGGGUGCUUUAAUUUGUCCGUUAAGGGACAUGCAGAUUGCCUUCGUUUCCUCAGAUCUUUCAAUGUACCAUUGAUGGUCUUGGGUGGAGGAGGUUAUACAAUACGAAAUGUUGCUCGUUGCUGGUGCUAUGAGACAGCAGUUGCAGUUGGGGUGGAACCUGAUAACAAAUUGCCUUACAAUGAAUAUUUCGAGUACUUUGGUCCUGAUUACACUCUUCACAUUGAGCCAUGUAACAUGGAGAACCAAAACUCACCAAGAGAUUUGGAGAGAAUAAGGAAUAUGCUGCUUGAACAACUUUCAAGACUACCACAUGCACCCAGUGUGCCUUUUCAGACAACUCCACCCAUUAGUCAAGCUCCAGAAGAGGCAGAAGAGAAUAUGGAUCAAAGGCCUAGACCUCGUAUUUGGAAUGGUGAGGAUUACGAGUCUGAUCCUGAUGAAGAUGAGAAGCCUCGACGUCAAAGGUCUAACACUGAUUGUCAGCCUAUGGAAGACGAUGGCAAGAGGGAUACUACCUAUGAAAUUAAAGGGAAAAUAGCAGAAGAGCGUCCGCCUACUUUACACUGAUGGAGUUCCUUCUCCGUGAGUCCAUCCAUGACUUCUUCCUUGUAGGAUUGUAGCUAUGAUCUUAUUAUUUGAGGCCUAGUGGAUUCCUUGUCUGUGAGUCCAGUCAUGAGUUCUAUCUUGUAGCUAUGAGCUUAUUAUUCCAGGCCCAUGGUAUAUGCAGAAGAUCAUAGAUCCUCUUGAUGGGGUUAUUGGAGAAAGCUUGUAACAAAUUGUCAAGUAAAUUGAAAGAAAACGAAAAUGAAAAUGAGAAAUCUCAUCCUUUCGGUUCA